AUGCGGGCGGGUGUUCACACGCACGCACCGGCACACAGAGCACACCCAGAACCCGGCACCCGGCUCACCUCUACAGAGAUGGUGCAGAGAGCUGCCUCCCUCUCCUGGGCCACCCUGACCCUCGUCCUCCUCUCCUACUCAGCUUGCUUGGCAGAAACAAGAAAGAGCAACAACUCAGCCUUGGCCACCCACCACCCAAGCCCCGGGACCCUGGAGCAGUGUCUCAAUGUUGACUACUGCCCGCUCGCUGCCCAGUGCUGCCGCGCGGGUGUGGACGAGUACGGCUGGAUCGCAGCUGCUGUGGGCUGGAGUCUUUGGUUCCUCACGCUCAUCCUGCUCUGCGUGAGCAAGCUGAUGACACUGACCCCAGACGAACCCAAGGACCUGCCGGCCUGA